AGACGUUCCCACCUCACCGUAGCUUCGAAUGAAAUCGCGAACUGCGACCCCCGGCGUGUGCGUAGGGCGAGACGCCUCGCGUCAUUCGCGUGCACGUUGCGCGCCUCGUCGUGUGUCCCGCAUGUGUUUAGCGGGCCGCUGCAUCUCUGUCAUUCACCCGGUGCUGGCAGUGGCGGCCCUCCGUGAUGCAACGCUAUCGCAUCGCACUUCCCGCGCUGUCAACGACUGUGCACAGCGUGGUUUCGUGAUAGUGGCAUCUCCGUCCCAUCUUGACUUAUCGUAGCGAUGGCAACACGGACGCUGUCACCAAUGAUUCUGGUGAUCGAGUCACCCCUGCAGUUAUUGCAUUCUCAAAUGGAGAGAAGUCAGUGGGACUGGCCGCCAAAAGCGAGAUGGCUCGCAACCCAGGUGGCACCAUCUGCAACCUUAAAAGCCUGCUAGCUGCCACUUCACAUGAGGAGGUGGAACGGAUUGCAAGUGACAGCCCAUGCAAGAUCGUGGCGGAGGGAGACGAGGUGCACUAUGAGGUGUCCUCCGCAGACGACGAUCGCAGGACUCGGCACUCGCGCAACGAUGUCCUGCUCUACCUCUUUCGCAAGAUGCAUGAGGUCGCUGAAAGCCAAGGCAGCGAUGAGUACCCUGCUGUAGUGACAGUGCCACCAGAGUUUGGCGAGGAGCAGAGGCAACUUGUCGCGUGUGCCGCCACCAAGGCAGGCUUCCAGGUAUUGCGGGUGGUCAACGAGCCUACCGCAGCCGCCUUGGCCUAUCACAUGGGCACGGCCCCAUCGCCAGAUGUCUGCCGUUACCUGCUGUAUCGCCUGGGUGGUCGUACGGCGAGUGCGAGCGUGGUUGCAGUGUGCAACGGUGCCUACCGCAUCGUGGCCCAUGCCUCUGCACAACCUGCUCUGGGAGGCCGAGACUUCACCGCUGCGGUCGUCGACCACUGUGCCCAGGAAUUCAAGCGCCAGAGCCGUGGGGCCGACCUGCGUGAGAGCCGGCGAGCACUGGCACGGUUGUGGAAUGCCGCCGAGACGGCCAAGCACGUGCUGGCGACGCUGGAGACAGCCCAGUGUUUUGCCGAGUCCGUCUACGAGGGAAUGGAUAUCAACCUCAACAUCAGCAGGGCCCGGUUCGAGUCCCUGCUGGGCUCCCUGCUGAACCGAUGUGCAGAGCUCAUCGACGAGGUCCUGCAACAGGCCGGCCUUGAUGCUUCCGACAUCCACAAGGUGGUGCUCUGUGGCGGCUCGACAAAGGUGCGCCGGCUGCGCAGCCUCCUGGCGUCACGCUUUCCCAUGUCACAGCUCCUGGACACCCACAGCCCCGACGAAGUGAUCGCCCUGGGUGCAGCCAUGCAGGCAGCUCUCCUGUCCUCUCGGGGCGAGUUAGUCCGGGACGUUCCCCAUCACGUGCAAGUUCCAGCCCUUGCCUGCAGUGUCUGCGUCAAGACUGGUGCAGAAGGGUCAAUGACUGAAGUGCUAGGACGAGGAACGCCAGUGCCUGCACGGUGGCAGCAAGCGGUGUCUCGGGCGGAAGGCGAGAGCAGUGUCAUGCUUGAGGUGUAUGAAGGCGGUGGCGACGGCCAAGAUGCCACUCUUCUAGCUCGGGUCUGCAUGGAUGGAUUGGAGGAGGAGUCUAAACUUGUUGCUAGCGUGAGCAUCCGCAGCGAUGGGUCAGUCCACAUUUCAUGCACGGACAAGCACAAUGGCCGCACUGAGUCUGUUACGCUGGAUCCAACAACCACGACUGCCACAGCAGAAGCUUCCGGAAGCUGACGAUGCGGCUUUUUUAACUUAGGUUUCUUGCUUAAGCAGCCCUGCUUGGCUGUCAUAGUCACUGAACGUGUUUUUCGCCGGCCUCCCUGCCUGUGAAUUUUUUUUUCCUCACCAGUCAGCGGCACGGGUGUCGGUGCCCUUUGUGAUGCGUGAAACUUGACGACAGAAGCAACGCCGAGUGCCCUGGGAGAAGUGUUUUUGUAAGUUAGUCUCCACGUCGUGAUGUGUUUUGUAAGGUAUGCAGUGUGAGCGUACUCAUGCUGCUUGUUGGCUGGCAGUUUUGUUUGUUUUGUUUGUUUGAUUUUUUUUUUCUGUGUAAAUACAGUUAUGCGUUAGGCAGGGCUCUGUGAAAAGCAAAAUAUGCCGCCAUCUGCCAAAAGCUUUUAAAGGCACGAGCAUUGAGGACCAGAGCAUAUAAUUGACAAAAUUACGUUGUGUGGUCCAAGGCCACUAGCCUUUUUUGUUCUAAGCUUCAGACUGGUGAGAGGUGAAAGACCAGGUUAUGCAGAUGAUGACUACUGCUAGCGCUAGCAUUUAAUGCGUUGCAGAAGAUCCUCCCCAUUUUGUUGCUCUCUCUCAUAGGCUCGGUCCAAGUCUCGCAUAUCGUCUCAAGCACACAUUAAACAAUGUGACACAAAUUCAAGUUUCUUGGUGCCUUGCGCUGUUUACGCACACAACAAGGCUGAACUCUUGUCUUAUGUCAUUUUAUAAAAAUUUGUUUUGAACCAAUUUGGAUGCUUUCCUGUUUUUCUCCAUUGAAGGGAUGGUUGCAUUGAAUGCGAGAUGUUAUGGCAUUCAAUGGCAUCUUCGGCUGGUCAUUUUGAAGUGCUCUAGACUACUCUCAUGAGCAGCGUUGUAUUUGACUGGUUUAAAAAGAGCAUGCCUUACAUUCAGCUGGUUCUUUUCAAUCACUCCUCUCGUGCUGAGUACUCUCAGGUGCUCAGAGUCUAGUUGUUGGAGCAGUCGUCACAUGAUCACAGCGUAGCGUUGCAGUAUUGCCUGUAUUAGUGACAGUUGGCUGUAAUCCAGGCCUCUGCAUGCUGGAGUCGCAACGAAUGCUCGUUUCAUCAGUGUGUCCGCCGCUUUUUUUUUCUGUCGGGAGCAUGCCGAGACCUUUGGCACAAGGCUUCAACAUGAAAUAUAAUCUUUUCUUUAGUCACGUGGUUUCAUUUCUGUCAUUUCCUCCUCUAAGAGCAUGUUACACAUUCAGCUUGCGUGCUUGUUCUCUCCAUCUGAGCUCGAGGAAAGGUGGGUCUGCCCGACCCUGAAUUGAAGGAUGGAGGUGACCAGUCGAAGAUGCCACUAAUGUAACAUUCCAGCACUCUGCUAACUAUUUACCACACCAUUUGCGUUUGUCACCCUUGCUUACACUCCAGAACCUUUAUUCAGCCGAACCCGCUGAUAGCAGUACUGGUUUCAACAGUAAUAUCAGAAUAACAAUGAGCAGCCACAGCACUGUAAAAUGAAUCGCUGACUACAAUGUUCCCAUGCUGUGUUAUUGGUUAUAGCAAUUAAAUCUGGCUAAUGGGUGUCUGCCUCAAAAUGAAAAGGAACACGAAAUCCUGGAUUAAAAAAAACUCGCUAUGUUCUGCUGUUGCCUGUGUGGCGGGCACCUUCACUGCACCAGCCUCACAUGCCUCUUUCCCAUCUCCCUUCCACCCCCCUGAAAACGCGAGUCGACUGUGCCGACAGUCAUAGAUGCCUGCUGGGGCAGUCAGUGAGAUGGGAAAGAGGUGGUGCGAGGGUGGUGAUGCGACAGGUGUACACGAGGCACCAGCUGUUGAGUAUCUUUUUUUCUGGAUUUCAUGUUUUCUUUUUCGCACAGACACCCAGUAGCCAGAUUUAACUGUUAUAACCAAUAACGCGGUGUGGCAACAUUGCAGCGAGCAGGCUGUUUUACCAUGCACACACAAAAAGUUCAUGGUCCUGUAGCUGUGCAUUUUAAUUUUGUUAAAACCGGUAAUGUCAUAAGUGGGUUCAGCUGUAUCUCAUAAGUGUUUCCCAACCGUCGCCCUAGUUAACUGCUAUCCUUUCACGUCCGAGAAGCAUGUAACAGAGUAUCAACAACUUCGGAAAUGGGCCAGUACUGAUUUAAUUUUAGCAGAGUUCACGAAAUUAAUACGUUUUUUUUACCAUGGAAGUACGAAAUGCCAGUCCAGAAAAGGCACGAAACUGCAAACAUGCACAAUGUGCCUGUUACACAAACUACUUAUAGGUUGUGAAACUGUUGGGUUCUACACUACUUUCUGUACCAAGAAGCGGCUGCAUAGUUGGUACCUUUGAAAGAGGCACCCACUGUUGCAAAAUCUGAGCCGACACCCCGUCCCUUCUUAAUAGUGCCUGUCCUCUGCCGCAUUGUUUGUCAGCUGAGAGGUUUCACUUUGUUACGAAUGCGGUCUGGCUGUAAGGGGGCUCGUGGUGUAACAGUGUGCAUAGAACACAUACUUCAAGAAAGGAAAAAUACAGAUGCACACUCUCUGCUAUAGUUUUAUUACACAUGAACCUACCUCUUUCAGGUACUGCAUUUACAUUGUAUAUGCCUAGAUAUUGCCUUAAAUAUUACCAUAUUUGCACAAUUCUUUUUAAAUUUCAGCUUAAAAAAUGCCUCGCAUUAUAUUCAGGGUUUGUGACACUGUUUCUUCUUUUUUCUUUCCUGGCACUUCAAACUGCAUGGCACCAAACCACCAGGCAUCACCGCAAUAGCUAUUGUGCACAUAGCCGUGUUUGAAGCUUUGCCGUGUACAGUUGUGCCGCAGGCUUUUCUGAAGUGCUGCCCGUCCAAUGACCUUAGAGGCAUGGAGAAUGACACUGUUCUCACUGACACUGACGUCGGCAGUAACGAGUAAAUAGUGCAUACACUCACCCUAUCGCUUUAUUUUGCGACGACAGGUAUAUACAGUCGAAUCUAGUUAAGUCGAACAUGAUUAAUUCGAACUUUCGGUUUAUUCAAACUGACGCUGUGGUCCCGUCAAAGCCAUGUGUAUUCCAAUGGGCAAAAACGCCCGGUAAUUCGAACACGCAAACAUUUGCGUCGGUUAACUCAAACCUACUGCGCUUCGACAAUGCUCUCUGCAGCGCGCCAAAACACGCGGCGGCGCCUCCGACUAGCAUUCCUCUGACCCCGCCAUGGAGGAAAAGCUUAGGAGAGACUUGUCAACGCCGCGCGCGAAGAAAAAAAAAAAGAGAGCCGUGGCGGAAAUUUGUGCGCAGGCGCGCAUCACCGAUGACUUGUGUUCGUGACGGGUUAGUGACGUCUGCUAUGUCCCGGCACCGCCAUGUACCCCAUCGAGAACGUCUCAAAUUUCUGACUUAACAAACCGCCGUCCGACUUUCCGGACUUUUUUGCCGUGACCGCAGGCCCGAAAUGGCAUUAAUCGAAGCCACCGCCACCGCCAAUUUGAGUGUCGUGCCGCCUCGAGCCGGCACUCUCGCACGUAGAUCCGCUGUCAGCAGUAGCCGCUCCGCGGCGACGCUAGGCCUAGCUACUUCGACGUUCCCUACCAAUUUUCUUGCAGUUCGGCGCUGUGUUUUUCAUUGAAACAAUUCGCCGCUGUUGGCAAUGGCGCCGCCAUCGCCUUUGUAAUCCUCGUCAAUGUCUUCGGAGUGCGGAAAGAACAGCGUAUUGCAUAACGCCGGUUCCCGAAAGUCAACUUCGCCCCGAUACAGCAGUCUUACGUGGUGCUGCAUACCAAACGUUCGAAGGGGCAAUUGUCGCUGGACAUGUUUCCUUUUAUUAUACAUGCGUGCACCCGCCGCCUCCCCUCGCAGUAUGAGCACCGAUACGCCGAAUAACUGACCGUAAUUUGUAAAUGCGUGUGAAUAAAUGUUGUAGAACUUCUCGCUUAUGUGUUAGCUCAGUGCACAUAUGCCACUGAUGUAAGUCCUCCAUUCAAUUAGCCUCCUUUAAUUCGAACAAAUUUUCGGGCCCCUUCGAGUUCGAAUUAUCGAGAUUCGACUGUAAUAAUAGAGCAGUCUGGGCAUGUGCUUUUAUGCGGCUUUUCCAGUUUGCGACAUCACUGUUUCAUAACAGUAAUACCUUUUUCUUUUUUUUCUUUGAGAGACCAAAAGUCCCUCCUCACGUUACAUUCGUGGUCGCAUUAUUUAUGUCCAAAUACGGUAAAUUCGGAAGCACUAAUGAAUGUGAUCUGAUUAACAGUGGUCAAAGACGGGUUGUUUCUUGUUUCUGGAGCCAGUGUUCUGACAUAUGAGCGUUGGCUCUAGAUCUAGAGACAUUCCUUAAUUGACUAGUGUUGAUACUUCAAAUUUUCAUCUUGCUCUGUACCUGUUUUCAACAAAACUGACAUUUUGUUGGUGCUUCUGAUUAGAUAUUUUUGGUUGGACCUGUCCUGCAGAAUUUGUUGAUAUGUGUCAAGUGUGCUAGAGCACAUUGCACACUGAAGAGUCGUGCGACCACCUUGGUCGCACAUGGCGACUGUGGUCGAAAAGUGACCGUUUUAGGGCAGUCGUUCACUGUUCGGUUCUUCAAGUCCGACGGUAGUUGCAGAGCUGCUGAACCAUUCAGGAGCGUGUCAAAGCAGCAAGUUGGAAUAUGCAAAUGGAGGUGCAUUGCCAUGGCCACAUUUGUGACAUAGAAAUAAAUACUUCUGUCUCUUUCUUUGCCUGAGACACUGGCACCAUCAGGGUAUGUUAACUCCACUUGAACAUGUAAACUAAACAGACCUUCAGUGAGUCUUGCAUUCACAUUGGCUGGGAAAUCUGAUGAAAACAUGCACACACGCAAAAAAAACGUCAAUUAGAUGGAAUCAGCUCGUCCUUUCUGUUUUCUUCCUUUGUAUAUGCGAUUUUGUCACUUCUAGUAGGAAUGCAAUUUGUAUAGCCAUCAACUAGCUUGGCUUGACUGCAGUUACAUCAAUAUCGCCAUCAAAACACAUAGGGAACAAGAAUAAUAAGUGAAAACUAAUGAUUGGCAAGCAUGUACAAGAUAGCAUAUGUGUGUAGCUUGGAGUGAAUUUUUCUAAAUUGGGGAGAAUGUUGUUUUUAUGGUAGACAGGACACAAAGAAUACUGGACGUCUCUCUUGAUGUCAUCUUUUUUUUUAUACUCUGUUUAAUAAUCUGGAUGCAAACUUGUUCACGCGCCUACAAAUGGCAGGUCGUGUUUGCUGAUGUGAAUGUUGCGAGAUGUUGCUUGGUUGCCAGUUGUAGUCAUUUGUGCAACCUCUGUCAGCUGCCACUGUGAAUGCACCUUGGAAGGGUGGCAGAUUGGACUAACUAAUCUAUUCUUAUUGCAAAAACUUAUACCGUGAAGCAAGAAACAGAACCCGAGCGCUUGUUUUUCUUCUGUCAUUUUGCUCCAUGGGUCGCACUGUUCUACUCUGAAACAGAAGCAUUUGUACGCCUUCAAAGAAAAUGGUUCCAAGAUGGACAUCCCCGUAUUUCAUCUGACACCAGUAUGUUGUCAGAUAGUGUGUUCUCUUGUUCUUUUUGACAGCAACAAUUUUCGAUGAGCAAAUAUCUGAAAUGGCUCACUCUUUUUAAGGCACGAUGUAAACGGAAUGAAUGUUGAUGUUGCUCCCGCACCUGAAAUAUUUUGCGAUUUCAGGCUUAGAGUUAACGUUUGUGAGUGCAACAAAGCUCACUGACAAAUUUCUCAAUCGGUUCUGACUGCGUUUUUAACAAGACUGCAGAUGCAAAAAAUCUGCUAUAAUGAACUCUUGAACGGACGUAUAAUCGUCAUAAAAGGGGCUUAUAUAAGAGCACAACAGUGAAUCCUGUAAACAAUGGAAGCAAAAUGGAACUGACUAUUGAAAUACAUUUGUUUUUUUACUAAACAGAACCAUGUGUAUACAUCUACAUUUGUGUAAUAAAGCUUUAGUUGAGAUUCA